AUGGAUUCGCACGUUUGUUCCACCUUUCGGUUCAUGUUCAGUGACCGCAACACGGAAUCUGACUUUAUUUUCUUGUGCCACGGAAAUCGCAUUCAUCUCACCGUCACUGCUGAGGCGUUGCAAAGGUCGCCUAGUGUUCAAAGUCGAUAUUUACAUUUCCUGAAGGUGGCUGAAGAAUAUGAGCUAGAUGGGCUAACAGUGGAGGAUUUCUACGAUUGGAUACUGGAAGGCUGCGCGCAAGAAUUCCAUCGCUUGCCCCCAAACGCGCCUGAACACCCAACACUUGAAGACUUUUUCCACUCACCGACUUGGUAUUACGAAUUGUCUGCCUCCGAGGACGACAAGUUUGUCCUCGCGAAGGUGGAUGGUUCGGAAGACUUCAUUCCGCCCGGAUCGGAAUUAUCCGACGAACUGUUUGCGCCAUGGGCUAGCUUCGCCCCAUCUCAAGUUCACAUUGUUUGCGACUUGCCUGAAAUGGCGCUUGCCAAAACUCCCAAGAAGGUCGGGACGAGCGAGGAUAAGAUUCAUUACUUUAAACUCUUUGAUCGCUCCGAUGCAAUGAUGGCGAGGCGAGAAUUGGAGAAAUACUCGCAAAUCGAAAAAGCAAAACUCGAUGGCUUGCCGAUAUCUCGGCUCAACGGUAUUGUCCGGGAUCCUGGUGGAACUUUUCACGGACUCCUCCUCACCUACAUCGACGCGGACGCGCAAACACUCCUAUGUGCCGUCAACGAGGACACGUCAAACCUCCUCCGCCAGCGAUGGUCUGACCAAGUGAGUAGUGCAUUAAAGCACCUACACGAAGCCGGCAUCGUUUGGGGCGAUGCAAAGCCAGAUAAUGUACUUAUCGACAGUCAGGAUGAUGCUUGGCUUAUUGAUUUCGGAGGCGGCUAUACGGAGGGCUGGGUUGACAAAGAGCUUGCGGAGACCAUGGAAGGUGAUCUCCAGGGGCUUGCCAGAAUCAAGGAAUACAUCUUUGAGGUAUUUGAGGAAUAACAUGUU